CACGCGAACCUUUCUUCGCGUCAUCUAAACGCCACCACAAACCCGAAUCGAAUCGAAUCGAAUCAGAUUCAAAUACCCUUUCCGUCUAUUCCAAAAAUUCCUCUCUGGCAUCCCGAAUCCCUCGCAAAACCACCAACUAAACCGGAAAAUUCAUCCCAAAUCCCUUCAAUCCACAGCAAUGGAAUCCAAGAAGCAACAGCAAGCAGCCCAUGGCGUCCCCAUCGACCGUGCAUACCCCAACCCCAACCCUAACCCUAAUCUGCACGUUCACUAUUCCGGCAUCUCAUCGACCGGCGGCAAUGUCAACCCUUACGUCCAGGUCGCCCCUGUGCCCGCAUCCAAAGAAAAGAAUUCGAUGGGUACGUUCUUGAAAUUGCUCGGGCGGUGUGGAAAGAAGUUGGAGGAGGAGACGAGGAAGGCGACGGAGACUACUGGAAACGUCUGGAAUCAUCUUAAAACCAGUCCCAAUGUGUGUGAUGCGGCAAUGGCUAGGAUCGCGCAUGAAACAAAAGCGUUUGCAGAGGGAGGAAAUGACAAGAUUUUUCAGCAGACCUUUGGUGUUCUUCCAGCAGAACAACUUCGAAAGACAUUCGCUUGUUACAUUUCUACCUCAUCUGGUCCUGUGAUUGGGACGCUUUAUGUGUCAACAAGACGGUUAGCCUUUUGCAGUGACAACCAUGUAUGCCACUACUCUGCCAAUGGUCAACCGGAAUGGGUAUAUUACAAGGUUGUGGUGCAACUUGAUCAGUUGAGGGCAGUGAACCCUUCUGCCAACAUAAGGAACCCAACAGAUAGAUACAUCCAGAUUAUCACUGCAGAUGGACAUGAAUUCUGGUUCAUGGGAUUUGUAUCUUAUGAUAAAGCCUUUAAGAGUUUGACAGAAACUUUGCACCAUUAUCGUCUUUAGAACACAAGGAAAAAUUGUGCCGGGGUUGCUGAUAUAAACUAUAUCAAGUGUUCAUGUUGUACAAUGAACUUUCAAAUUUACUGCAAAAAUUACUUUACACCUGAAAUAUCCAUGA